GUCCGUUCGAAAUAAAAAGGGGGGAAAGUUCAAAUCUUGCCAUUUUCAGCUGAUCCGCGACCGAGAUCAUCGAGAGCCCUGAGCGAGAUUAUGUCUUCAGACGCCAAACUGAACGACCUCAUUCGCCUGAAACAGCCACCAUCCGCUCCCCUGGAACGAUGGCAGAUGCUUCCCACUCGCCAGCAGGGAAAGGGGCCGCGGCAGGCGGACCCCUGCCACGUCCCUUCACCGCUUCGUGUCAGAAACACCGUCAACAUGUCCGUAAUCUCCACUCCUGACGCCCACAAGGUGGUCCUGAGGUACAAGAAAACGCCCAAAGCACACACACCCAAGACUCCCAGACUCAUAGGGUGUCGGAAGACGCCCGGUACGGCGAGAAAACGGACGCCUCCCAAGUCGGCAAAGAAGAAAACUCCUGGAAGAAGUCCGUCGGGAUGUCGUUUUAUCCCCAACCGGGCCACCAUGGACCUGGACUACAGUGCCUACUUGCUCAGGAAGAAGGAGGAAUGUGGUGAGGGAGAGGAGGAUGGGGAGAACAGCGACAUGCUCAGUCCAACUGGCAAAGAGUGCAGACAGGCUCUCCUGAAGGCCAUAUCGAGGAGCAGGGGCAAAAGUGGACAGAGAAAGAAUGUUCUCUCGUUUACAAUCUCCACACCUUCCGUGGCUGAAGGCUCUUCGCUCAACUACACUGCGAGCAUGAGCAACUCCAUCAGCUCACAGCCCAUUCGCAGCUCCCAGAGAAAGAGAGUUCGCAGACUCCCCACAGCUGCCGAGAAGGUUCUCGACGCUCCUGGACUAGUCGAUGACUACUACCUGAAUGUGUUGGACUGGGGGAAGAACAACGUCCUGGCAAUUGGUCUAGGGAGCAGUGUGUUUCUGUGGAAUGCUAACAAUGGAUCAGUCAAUCAUCUGACGGACAUGGGCUCCGAGGAGGAAUAUGUGGCUUCUCUGUCGUGGGCGGCGAAUGGGAAGUACCUUGCAGUGGGCAGCUCUGACUCAGCUAUUCAGCUGUGGGAUGUUGCCAAAGAGAGACGCAUACGAGUCAUACGUAGCCACAGCGAUCGCAUCGGAGUCAUGGCGUGGAACUCGCACACUCUAGCCAGCGGAAGUCGAGACGCCUCCAUUCACAAUCACGACGUUAGAAUGUCCAGCCACUGCGUGGCUCAGUACGUCCACCACAAGCUGGAGGUGUGCAGUCUCAAGUGGUCCCCAGACGGCACUAAACUGGCCAGUGGAAGCAACGACAAUCUGGUGUGUCUGUGGCCGUCUGGGUCGGGCAUUUUGGAACCGCAGACUGUGCUAGCUGGGCACCAAGCUGCUGUAAAGGCAGUAUCGUGGUGUCCGUGGAGGUCAAACCUGCUGGCAACGGGUGGUGGUUCCAACGAUCGCUGCAUCAAACUGUGGAACGUGUCGUUGGGAAAGUGCGUGGAAUCUAUUGAGACCCAGUCACAGGUGUCCUCUUUGGCAUGGAACAGAGAAAGUAAAGAGAUAAUAUCCUCACACGGAAACCCCAAGAAUCACUUGGCGGUGUGGAAGUGCUCGACCAUGUGCAAAGUCGGAGAGAUCACGGGGCACCAAGGACGAAUCCUGCAGAUGAGUCUCAGUCCACGCAAGUCUUCUGUGGCAACUCUCAGUGCAGACGAGACUCUUCGUGUGUGGAAGUGUUUCGACCAACCGCCUGAAAAAAGUGCGGACUCGAGCAGAAAAAGCCUUAGAGAGGACAGCAUCAGUGCGCUAAUUAGAAAUGCACCUUGACUUUUUCUGCGAAAUACCUUGCUUUCUAUCACUUUUUUCUCACUUUUGUGUUCUUUAUCCUAUACAACCACUAUUUUUAUGCUAUUGAUUUUCAAUCGUGAUCCGCUUCUAC